CGCCGCCACGUGACCCCGACCAAAGCCAGCAUGCCCGAGACGGCCGAGUCGCACGCCAUGCACCUGACCACCAACCGCAACUGCACCGUGGAGGUCCUCAAUCUGACCUCUGCGUUCUGCCUCCACAACCCCAAGUUGCACAUGGAGAGCGGGUUCUCCUACAGCCCGCCGCAGCCCACGGUGCGUGUGGGCCGCGGAGAGGUGUGCUCCUUCACCAAAGAUGACAACACGGCCUCGGGUGCCGUGGGCGUGCUCACCUACGAGCUCUUCCACAUGCACAAGAAGGAAUGCAACGAAAUGGUGGCCGUCAUGUUCUCCGUGCCCUUCGACUACACCUUCUACAAGAACUGGGUGAGCGUCGGCGUGUUCCCCAAGACCACGGCCACCGACCACAAGCUCUACGAGCUCAUGUACGAGUCCAAGGAGGAAAGCAACUUCAAGCGCCACCGGGCCGAUGGCUCGGGCGUAGAGCACCGCGGCCGCCAAGUGGACGUGGAAGCCUGCAUGUCCGACGAAGGCCGCGCCGUCCUCAAGCUGGAGAUCCACGACAAGGGGGUCUGAGGGGCCGCUCGCCUCGCACGGCGCGGGAUGGCAUUGGGUGACUUCAAUAAAAAGCGCCGCCUGGCCGGCACCCGAAGCAAA